AUGCAAAAGAAAUAAGGAGGAGGUAAAGAUCAACGCCCUAAAACUCCAAGAGCACAACCUCAGCAAUAGCAACCAAAUGAACCAGAUGAAGCAUUCAAAAAGUAAUUUGAAGCUUAGACCAAUGAGGAGCUUCAGAAGAUGAUAAUCGAAUUGGAAAACUAAGAGAAAUCAGUUAUGCAGAAGAAUAAAGAUAUUAGAGCUGAGAAUAAUCUACUCAGAGCAAUAUUGAUUGAUGACUUAAAUGUGACAAUCUCAUCCCAUGAUGUCCAGAAGAAGGAGAAGAAAGAUAGGAAGGAGAAAAAGAAUAAAGACAAAGGCGGAGAUAAAGGCGAUAGCAAGCAUCAACAAGAAGAAGAAAAGAAGGGAAAUGAGGCUAACCAGCCUUAAGAAAAGUAACACAAUAACAAGUAGAAAAAGAAUAAGCAGCCUAAAGAUACUAAUAAUACUUAAGGAGGACCAAAAGAUAAUACUCAACACUAAGGCUCUGAUAUUAGACAAGUGCAUAUAGAAAAAUAAGACAAAGGUGGCAAGUAAAAGAAACAGAAAGGAGGUGAAUAAGCAGAGAAGCAUUACGUUAAGAAAGGUUAAUAAGAAAGCAGUCAUAAGGAAGAGACUAAAGAAGGUGAUCACAAGGAAGAGAAAGGGCAGAAAGCUCAACCAAAAAAGAAGGAGUUUGUUCCAGCCUGCUUCAAGGAAACUAGCGGUAAUGCUGAUGUUGACAAAGCCAAAGCAGAUUUGCUUGAAGCUUACCUUGUCAAUCAGAUUCCAUAGAUUGAGGCAGCUCUCGAAAAAGCCUCUGCUCUCACUCAUGAAGGCUAACUUGAUAAAGUAAUUGAAGCAUGUAAAAACAGAAUCGAAAGAUUGCAACUUAGUGCUCCUUAAUGA